CCCUUCCCCUUCCCCUUCCCCUUCCCCAUUCCUCACACCCCCCCCCCACCCGCCGCCAUUUUGUGCCCAGCCCCGCCGGGGAGGGGCGCGGCCUCCCGCCCGUCGCACCCGGUGACGUCACGCUGGCUGUAUCGCGACGUGGCCUUCGCUGGCGGAGCAACCGGUAGGUGACCAUGGAUCAGGUAAUGCAGUUCGUGGAGCCCAGCCGGCAGUUUGUGAAGGACUCGAUACGGCUGGUCAAAAGGUGCACUAAGCCUGACAGGAAAGAGUUCCAGAAGAUUGCAAUGGCAACAGCGAUAGGCUUUGCAAUAAUGGGAUUUAUUGGCUUCUUUGUCAAAUUGAUCCAUAUCCCAAUCAACAACAUUAUUGUAGGCGGCUGAAUGGAACAAGACAUCGUGAGGAACAAGACAGUGUGACAUUUGCUGCAAAGAUUUCACAGCUUUGUAACUUGUUCACUAUUAAACAGUUUUGGGUUUUCA